AUGCGCAGUUACUGGGAUUUAAUUUGGGAUUAUCUCGGGGCGGGUGGGGGUGGAUCGGCAGGUGGAGGAGGAGGCGGGGCUGGACUUGACCUAGGAUUGGGAACUGGAGGGGGUGGGGCUGGCUUGGAUUUGGCCAGUUUGACGAGCAUGUUGGGCGGAGAUGCGGCCGCUGGUGGGGGUGCCGGAGUGGAUUUGAGCGCAUUAUUGGGUGGUGCUAGCGGUGGAGGGGGAGUUGAUCUGGAGGGAUUAUUGGCGGCAGCUGGUGGUGGUGGUGGUGGGGCGUCAGGAGGGGGAGGUCUAGAUUUAGCGGGAUUGUUGGGAGGAGGCGGAGCUGCUGGGGCGGGGGGAGGAGCUAGUGCUGGGGCGGGAGGAGGAGGAGGAGGUAGUGCUGGGGCGGGGGGAGGAGGAGGAGGUAGUGCUGGGGCAGAGGGAGGAGCUGGCGCCGGGGCGGGAGGAUCGGCAGGUGGGGGGUUGGACAUUGGGGGGUCAUUGGAUGGGGGUGGUAGUGCAGGGGGCAGUGCAGGUGGUGGGGUGGGCGUUGGAGGUGGAGCUUCUUCCGGAAGUGGGGGAGGUGGCGGGCUUGACGUCGGAGUGGGUGGUGGGGCCGGAAGUGCAGGAGGCGGAGUUGGCGUUGGGGGUGGAGCUUCUUCCGGAAGUGCGGGAGGUAGCGCUGGGGGUGGAGCUUCUUCCGGAAGUGGGGGAGGUGGCGGGCUUGACGUCGGAGUGGGUGGUGGGGCCGGAAGUGCAGGAGGCGGAGUUGGCGUUGGGGGUGGAGCUUCUUCCGGAAGUGGGGGAGGUGGCGGGCUUGACGUCGGAGUGGGUGGUGGGGCCGGAAGUUCAGGUGGUGGAAUUGGCGUUGGGGGUGGAGCUUCUUCCGGAAGUGCCGGAGGUAGCGCUGGGGGUGGAGCUUCUUCAGGAAGUGGGGCUUCAACCGGUGUGGGUGUUGAUGCUGGUGGAAGUGCGGGAGGAGGGGGUACUUCAGGCGGAAGUGCAGGAGGUAGCGCGGGGGGCGGAACAUCAUCUGGAUCUGCGGGAGGAGGAGGUCUUGACGUCAGCGUUGGUGGUGGAUCCAGUUCUUUAAGCGGAAGUACGGGCGGAGGCGGAAGUGUGGGAGUCGGGGGUGGUACAUCGAGCGGAAGUUCAGGAGGUGGAGGUAGCGCUGGGGGUGGAGCUUCUUCAGGAAGUGGGGCUUCAACCAGUGUGGGAGUAGAUACCGGCGCAAGUGCGGGAGGAGGAGGAGCUUCCUCCGGAAGUGGCAGUGGAACUGGAGUCGAUCUUGGUUUGGGUACUUCUGGAGGAUCUGGAUCAUCCAGCGGAGGAGGAUUGGUCGGGGUGGGGGGUUCAUCUUCCGGAAGCGGGAGUGGAUCGAGCGGUGGGUCAUCAGCAUCCGGAAGUGGAGGUUCAUCGUCGUCCGGGAGUGGAUCUUCGUCCGGUGGUAGCUCCUCGGGUGGGGCUACUUCCUCCGGGGGCUCAUCAUCUGGCUCAGCCACCUCUGGGGGUUCUUCCUCAGGGGGCUCCUCCUCUUCCAGCGGGGGCGGAGGAAAAGCCGGGGGUGGCGGGAAGGCCGGCGGGAAAGCUGGCGGUGGCAAGAGAAAAAAUAAAUCCAAGAAUAAAUCCGGCCUCAAAAACUCCGGUAGUGCCGGUCGCCGCUCUGGUCGCCAACGCUCCGCCUGGAACAAUCAGUGGAACAUGAAGACCCGCAACCGAAAAAAAUCUUCUUCCUCCUCCUCCUCCUCCACUUCCGGUUCUGGCGGGGGCAGCAAAAUGAACCUAGUCAAACGCAACUUUGGCUGGAAGCAGUCCAAACUCAUGGCCAACGCGGCCCGCAAGGCGAAGAAAACGACCAAAUCUCUGGCCGCUGGUGUGGGCUCGCUGGCCAGUCGCGGCCUAAAAUGGCGCCAAUCCUCCUCCCUCCUCAAAGCAGGUGCUUUAAAAAAGGGCGGCGCCAAAGGCAAAGGUCUCGCGCGAGGCGUGGGCCUAAGUUCGAUGGGGGUCAAAAAAGGUCUCCGGCUCAAAAGCAACACCAAAUUGUCCCGAUUCACGACUGGGAAGAAUGUUAAGAACAAGAACAAAGCCGUCGGUCUGGCCCCACUCAAUUUGAACCUCAGGAAGAAGAAAACCGUGGCGAAAAAGGGGGUCAAAAAGGGGGCAAAAAAUGCUAAACAGACGCAAACCACGGGCUAAUCAAUUUACAUCCAAUUUCAAUUUUCACCUCUAAAUUAAAUAAUAAAAAGCUGCAGGACAACUUUCUUUGGCCCGAGUCAGGUUGUUCCUCCUGAGGUGUUUACCGUAUCACGACUACAACUUUUUUCUUAGUUUUUCAAAAAUUUUCCAAAAUUACCCUCCUAAUUUUACAUAAUCUACGCGUAUCCAAAAUUUCAAGUAGAUUGGAUAAAUUUAACCAGCCAAUUCAUAGAGAGACACCCAGACAGACAGAAGGGUACAUACAUAAGUCCUGACUCCGGGUCAACUGGACAAGUUUUCCCCUCGUAAUCGAUAAACAGACAGACCGACAAUCGUGACUCGUACAUAAGGCCUCUUGCUAAAACUUUCAUACUUUUUAUGAAAAUUCCUAUUUUUGCAUUUUCAAAAUUUCAAGUCGAUUGGACAAGUUUUACCAUCGUAAUCGACACACAGACAGAUAAUCAUAUCAUGACACGUGAGUACAUAAGGCCUGACUCGGGCUAGAAAAAGUCUUGUCAUUCCCACCGGAACUGAUUUUCGUAUUCUUGUCAUCUCAUCAUUUAAAAGCAUGUGACCUAAAAAAAAUUGUCCCAAUCUGCAUCUAAUUUCCUAGAAAAAAGUCAUCUCAUCUGAAACCAAGUGACUCCAAAUUUGCACCAAUCUACCCGAUUUUCGCAUUCUUCAGGCAUGUCAUCAUCUGAAAGCAGGUGACUCAUAGAUAAUUUGCAUACAUUUCCCCGAAAAAUGUCACCCUUUUUCGCAGAAACGUGUUUAAAAUGUGCAUACAUAAUUUUAUUCAUACAUUCAUAAAUCGUCACCUUCACGAAUUCACCUAAACUGCGCAUUUACAACGCGACCUGUCCAUUCUUAAAAUUCAUACAAUUUUAGCUGCUCUGUAACACAAAAUACGUGAAACUCGGCACAUCCAUUCUAAAAUUUCGUACAAAACUCUGUAACAAAAAAUACUUGAGUAAUAAAACCACAAAAAAUUCUA